UUUUUUUUUUUUUUUUUUUAUUAUUAUUAUUAUUACUAUUGUUAUUUAUUACUCAUUCUUAUCAAAGCAUUCCCACUAACAACCGAAAAGAUCUGAUCGUUGGAUCUUGCGACCAUUUCAUCAUUUCAUUUAGUUGCUUAUUACAUCUCCCUUUUCUCCCCUUCUAAUUACAACACUCUUACUGAUUGUCUGUAUGUGCCUUGCUUUCAUUCCUCUGUAAAUUACAUACAUUAUGGCUAAACUCACUUCUAAACGAGAAAAAGGACGGAAUUGGACUGCAAGCACCUUCUUGCCUGACAGUAGUAAUAACUCAGACAUUCAUUCUCAUUCCAACUCUAUCGACAGUGCCAUGUCAACUGCUACAGCCGCUUCUAAUGCUGGCCUGGAAGCCAUCACUGAAGACAUCUUAGAUGAUGAAAACAUGCUUGAAGUUGAAGAUAUUCAGCGUAUGGCUAAUGAAGCUCCAAAUAAUACGACCAGCAUUACUAGUAUUAGCAAUAACGGUCAUACAACUGCUCGUAACAAACAUAACAACGAUGAUGCCUCGAGCGAUAGUCAGGAUGAAGAUGAAGAGGACGAUAAUGAUGAACAUGACCAUGACCAUGAUAGCCAUGAUAAUGAAGAUGAAGACAGCAACUCUAGUCAGGACCAGGGCACAUCGGAAGAUAGCGACGACGAUCAUGAUCACGAAGAUAACAGUAACAGUAACAGCAAUAGUAACAGUGAUGAUGAUGAUGCUGAUUCAAACAACCACAACCACAACUAUCGAGAACAGAAUGGUCGGAUGGAUAUCCCUAAACGCUCACGUACGAGUCUUUCAUCCAAAAAGAAACGAGCCGCUCUGUCUACCUCGCCUUCAAACUCGAAUAGCACAGCUGGCAAGGUUGUUUCAGCGACCCCUUCGAAAAAAAUCACCAAAAAAUCUAAAAAGUGUGUCAAAUCAAAGAGCAGUAAGGGCGCGUUGAGCGCAGCAGCGCGUCAGGCAACUGAAGAAGCCAAAUUGGAGGCAGCCAAGCCGAUUGUCACUCGCUUUCUAGAGCUGGAGAAUACAAAGCUGAACGAUAAGCUUCUACAAGUGUUCAUGAUCAAUGGCAUGAUACCCUAUCUUCUUGAAAGUAUCACACGCUUGGACCCAGAGAUUGCAAAGAGCAUUGACAGCAACAUGGAUGAUGGCAAAAGUCAAGAGUCUAAAUUCUUGACACAUUUAGACCACUGUCGCAGGACUCGAGAUUACAGUGAUCUAAGCCUUAUGAAGAAGUCCUACACGGCUAUGAACCUCAUCACUCGUCCAGAUGUCUAUAACGAAUUUAUCCUAAGCAACAGCCACCAGACCAUUGUGCGAGAGCUUUUCAAAGUGUUUAGGCCAGAGUCCAAUGGCAACUUUCAUCACUUUUAUAAAGUGUUUGAAACAAUCUUGAAAAAGUUCCGUGUUCAGACAAUGGCCACCGUCUUUGAGGAUGUGGAUCCAGAAACAGGGGCCAGUAAAACACCUUUAGUCUUUGAAAUGUUACCAUUCUUAGACCAGCCACCUGUAGCCUUGUCCAUGACCAAGCUUCUGUUCCCAACGUAUGCAUAUGGGUUCACGGAACGGAUUAGAGGCUACUAUAAGAUUCUACAAAACGGGCAUUUUAUGGAGAUGUUGUUGGCGAUGGUUACGCUCACUAAAGGUAGCUCACUAUGUAUUUCCCAAGUCUAGAUUUGGGAAAUUUCUUGCAACUAAUAUUAUGUGCC